CGAGUUAGCAACGUUCAGGAAAGCAAAAUUUUUGCCGAUAAGAAAUCACUUACAGAAGCCGGAUGUCAGGUACAACUUAAGUCUUUCACCGACGUAGAACAAACAAAGGGCCGGGGAGAUCAAAGUACAGUGGGCAACAAAUCUCUCUGAUCAUCAAUUAAAAUCAUUGUCAAGUCUCCGCAUCUCGUCGGCGAAGUGUCAGGGAAUGAAACUAUCGUUGGAACCAGGUCAGAUUGCCGAACACGCCUCGUUUCCACGACACUGAAGGGCAGAACGAACUUCAAGACAUCUACACGGAUUAACUUUGUUCCAUCGUAAAUCAUAAGGAACCACUCGUCUCAAGUAUUCUCAAGAGCGUUUGUAAAUAGUCUUAAGAUGACUUCUACGACUUGUCUCACAGCUCUCGCUCUGUUGACAAUCUCUUCCACUUUGGCAGCUUUAGCGGAAAGUGACAGGGAUAUAAACAGCUCAGAGGCAAGAAAUGAUAUCACGGAACCCGGUUCGACGAAAAAGAAGACCCCAAAAUGCAGAGAAGACCGAGAUUGUCAAAAAGGCGAGAUAUGCCACACAUUUUUAAAUGUUUGCUUUGUUAUGCCUCAAGAGAAAAGCAGAAUGAAACUGAAGGUGGAAAAAAAGCCAACCAUCCCUUGCAAAAGUGACAAAGACUGCGGCAAAAGUCAGUCUUGUCACGCCCUUUUUGGAUGUGUGGAUAAUCCUCAUAUUCCUGCGACAGUCACGACUGCACCCCAGAUAAGGGUACCCAAGUGCAAAAACAGUACUGAGUGCCCUGAUGGCCAAUAUUGCCACGACUUCUUCAACUUGUGCCUACCAAACCUCACAAUAUUCUUCGAAACAACGGCUUCUCCACCACGUGCUGGUUGCAAAAGUGACUCAGACUGUGAAAACCAGGGAGAUUUCUGCCAUAACUUGACCAGAUUAUGCCUGCCACUACCUACAACUGCCAUAACCUCCCCUCCUCGAAAAAGUGCAUAUGCCUGUAAUUCCCAUGCAGAUUGCAAAAUGACCGAGUUCUGUCAUUUUCUCAUCGGAAUGCGGAGUCGAGAUAAAUCCAGAGGCUUUGGACCAAACAAUAACUUGAAGUCUGCCCUCGGGGUAUGCAUUGCCCGAGCUUUAAAGGAUGUUCCUGAGGACCCAAGUCCAUUCUCUUCAAAUUGCAGUCAUGCUGCAGAUUGCGGAAAGGGAAGGUGUUGCUUAAAGGAUUUAGGGUUAUGCGUGGGCUACCGCUUGCCUGGAGAGCUUUGUGUUGCAGAGGACGUAUCAUUCGCCUUUUCCUGCCCAUGCCUACAAGGUUUCACCUGCAUCAGUAGGAGACGUCCCAUGCGACUCAGGAGACUGGAGAGAAAGCUUAAACUGCCCAAAGAAGUAGUGAAGAAGCUGAGCUUACAGUUUGAUAAAACAAAUGAAUUUAGGGUUGGCAAAUGUCAGCUUAUUUCUGAUUGAGAUGUGGAAGCUCUCACUAACGCCGAACAUGAGCCAGUGCAAGAUCACAUUUUCCAAGUAACAAUGGUGGUUCCGUUAGAUAGCUUUACACCCGACCAUUAUAAACUGAAAAGAGAGAUCGCUUGUGACAGAUGCUUAUCUGGCAUGCACAGACUAUUGUAAAAUAUACAACAAGUUAUGAAAGUUUACAGGAGCUUCAUUGCCAGUAUGCGUAUUGUACAAAACGGAUUGCCCGCUAAUUUUUCUGUAAAUAACCGAGGUCUUACUAUUAUGGCCCAGACAAUUAAAGGGAAGCAUGUGAAACAUGGCCAGAUAAUGUUAAUUCGUCCGUUUGCGUCUUUCUGCAAAUCUGUCACUCUUCAGCUCAAUCUCAUUUUCCUAAUUGCCAUUUCUUAUGGUGAUCUAUAUACUAUCUUCAGCAUACCAUUCAAUGAGUUUCGAUGUCAUGUAUAGGUGACAUCAAGCAUGACAUGAUAAGUUUCCCUUUUGUCUUCACUGUUUAUUCACAGAAGUAGAGAUGUAGCGAAUGGAAAUUAUAUUCUGAUUAUUCUCAAGAAUUAAUCAGUUAAUUAACUCAUAAUUAAAUAUAGAUUUUGAUGAAAAAUACAUCGGCCCAAAGAAAUGUAGUGUAAGUGUUAGGAGAACAUGAAGUGAUGUAAGGAUGUAAGUAGAAAUUGGUCAGUUUUGUGGGCAAGAAAUUGUCUCAAAUAGGCAGUCGAAAAGAAAGAGAUCUUGGCCGAUUGAUGGAUUUUAAUAAUUAAUAGAUCUUAGACUGGAGAAAAGCAUCAAUUAAUCUUAGAUGCGAAUAAACGAUUUCGCUGUACAGGUUGAAUCAGUACAAAAUAAACGAUU